AUGACAGGCGUGAUAUUGGCGACCCAACGACGGUCCGCCUUUGCCGUACGCCUGCUCGUCGUUGCCCUGUUGGCAACCUCUGUCCUCGCCCUCCAACCGGCCACAACGCUGCUCCCGACAAACGCAACGUCAUGUUACCAGGCGUCGGCGGUAAAGAAUGGCUGCGUGUACCUCGAGGAGUCGGCGUAUUACCGAUGCGUAUGCGGUCACAACGGCAGCCAGUUCCUCAAAGACAACGCCAAGUGCCUGGGCGCGACGGACCAAGUCGAUCUGCCGGUUACAUACCAGUACCUGGCGGACGUGUGCGAUAGGUUUAAAGUGCCUGUCAACAUCACUCGAGCUGGUUUUUUCGAAGCCGCCGGUGUCGCGGAUCCGGACGUCGAUCCGGUCGCAGACAAGGACGCAAGCCGGGACGCGGGCCGGGGCACGGACGACAAGGCGGAAGGCAUCUCGACGGGCACCAAGAUCGCCAUCGCCGUCGGCGCCAUCGUCGGCGCCGCCGUGGCCCUCAGCGGCCUGAUUCUUCUUCUCUGCCGUCGCAAGGCGAGACGGCAACGGAGCGAGGCUGUCGAGCCCAAGUCCUGGAGAUAUGAGGAAAUCUCGCCCUCGGCCACGGCCCUGCCGCGCGCGUGGCCGACGCCGACCGAGCCAUCGCCGCCUCGGCCAUCGAUGCCUCCUCGGCCCUUGCCGCCGGCCGAGCUCGCGGCUUCGGUUCCUCCGCCGCCCGAAUACACGCCCAGCCCGGUCAGCGGUGUCAACACUCUGCCGACGCAGCCCCGGACAGCCUCGCCGCAGACGCCGCCCCAGGCCGCCGCGCCGCCGACGGCGUGGACGUACGUGGAAUCUGCGAUAUCACCCUUGACAAUGGUCAGCCAGGCGCCGCCGUUGGGCGAGAAGACGACAUCGCCAUGCCGCCAGAAUGGAUACCGCUCGUACGAACUGGAAGAUACCAGCAUCGCAAGGCCCGAGCCGGCGAGGCAAAGCCGCGAGGGAAUGGUGGAAGUGGCCAACUUUAUAUAG